AUGUUCCGCAACCAGUACGACAGUGAUGUGACAGUUUGGAGUCCCCAGGUAUUUUUAGCUGAUAUUAGACUAGGUGUUUUUUGAUGUUACAGUCGAGAGGCUGAUGCUUCUAAUACGGUAGUUUGAUACUUUUGUGCGUUACAAUGAGCUUGUUUUUGAGUGUACGAAGAUUGUUUUAAUUUACCUUUCAGGGACGUCUGCACCAAGUUGAUUAUGCCGUGGAGGCGAUGAAACAGGGUUCAGCUACUGUGGGUAUCAAAAGUAACACUCAUGCCGUUCUUGUUGCCCUGAAGAGAGCUGCCAAUGACUUGUGUUCCCAUCAAAAGAAAGUUUAUGAGCUGGACAAACAUUCUGGAGUCUCCAUUGCCGGUCUCCUUUCUGAUGGUCGAAUCUUGGCGUAAGUUUAUAACCUUUGCUGGCAAUUUCUUGGUUUAGACGUUUCCUUCAAACGGAAUGUUCGUCUUGGCGAUGGGAUUACAAAGAACCAGUUCCCGUUCAAGUGCUGAAUAACCGAAUUCAGCUCAAACUUCAGGCCAACACCCAAUAUUACGGGAGAAGACCAUUCGGAGUUGGUCUCGUUUUGGCCGGUUAUGAUGUAAGUUGCAAUACUCGUUAUUUGAAAAAUCAAAAAUGGUAUAUUUUCUUAGUAAUCUCAAUUUGCAGAGGAAUGGAACUCAUAUUGUUCGAACAGAUCCAUCUGGAGAGGUUGUGGAAUGUCUGGCCGCUUCCAUUGGAGCUCGAUCUCAAAGUGCUCGAACGUAUCUUGAAAAGAACUUGGAACGUUUCAAGGAAUGUAAGUGUCAAGAUUUUGAGGCGUACAUUUAUUGGAGGUGAUAAUCAAUUUGUUUUUUUUUCAGCCAAUAUUGACCAGCUGAUCGAACACGCGUUGUUGGCCUUGAGAGAUACCCUCCCUAACGAAGAUACUUUAACCAAGAAGAACACUUCCAUCGCUAUUGUUGGAAAGAACCAGCCGUUCAAAGUGAUGGACGAUGAAGAAGUUGCGCCUUACUUAGAACGAAUCAAGAACGCGGCGCCGGCGGCAGAAGCUCAGUAA